AUGCCUGGUAGUCAACGCAAUGCUCCAAAUGACACCCCAAAAACGGUAUUCGCCUGGCAAAUCCUGCGCGAAUCCGUUACCGACGACGAGCUCCGAAAUGUGCAGAUCUCCCUCCGCACUUUCCACGGCGAGACGGCCGACCAUUUGUUGAGCCGGCAAUUGCCAAAGAUCCGCCUGGUCGUCGAGGCAACGAUGCGGUACUUUAAGUGGGAGAACCUCUCCGAUGAGCUGCAGCUGGGCAAGGCCAAGCUUAUUUUGAGCCACCUGAAAAACAACGCAAAGGUGCGGAACUGGACGCUACGAGAGGGACGGCCGAACCGGGCUGUUUCCUCGCCGAUCGCG